AUGGCGACUGUCAUUCACAACCCCCUGAAAGCGCUUGGGGACCAGUUCUACAAGGAAGCCAUUGAGCACUGCCGCAGCUAUAACUCGCGACUCUGCGCAGAGCGCAGUGUGCGCCUCCCCUUCCUGGACUCGCAGACCGGGGUGGCCCAGAACAACUGCUAUAUCUGGAUGGAGAAGAGGCACCGCGGCCCAGAAGUGGAGCUGCCCCUGAAGAAGGAUGGCUUCACCUCAGAAAGCACCACCCUGGAAGCCUUGCUCCGGGGUGAGGGUGUGGAGAAGAAGGUGGAUGCCAGAGAAGAGGAAAGCAUGCAGGAAAUACAGAGGGUUUUGGAAAAUGAUGAAAAUGUAGAAGAAGGAAAUGAAGAAGAAGAUUUAGAAGAAGAUAUCCCCAAGCGCAAGAAUAGGACCAGAGGACGGGCCCGUGGCUCGGCAGGUGGCAGGAGGAGGCACGACGCUGCCUCUCAGGAAGACCAUGACAAACCUUACGUCUGUGACA